GCCCGUACCUAACCUAUCUUGUCAUAGCUUGCAAAAAAGCGGUGCAUUUGUAAACAAGUGCUUAUUGUUAAGUUAGGGUAUUAAAUAAAGAAUAUAUGUAUAAAUAUUUCAUCAAAGGGAAGCAAUGUUCGGGAAAGAAGCAAUAAAAUUAGUUGGCGAAUUGGAUACAUCUGAAGAAAUAAAGCCAUUCAAUGAAGCAAUAUUCCGACAAGUGUUGGAGGAAAUUCAGUCUUUGUAUGAAGAGAAUUCCAAAGACGUUAAUGCAAUCACAGAAGAAAAUCCAGCGCCGAAAAAUACACUGAUAGUUCGUCACUUUGCCAUGAAUAGGAAUAAACGAUGUUUAUUAGCAUACUUAUACCACAGAAUGAGGCGUCUAAGGCAAGCUAGAUGGGAGCUAGGUAGCAUCCUGCCACCUGAAAUAACUACAAAUUUGAUAAACCCUGAAAUACAGUGGUUCCAAUCAUAUAACAAAAUCCUUGCUACCUACAUGAGAUCUAUAGGCGAUGAUGGGCUUAAUAUCACAAACGACAUUCAACCACCAAAAUCAUUAUACAUAGAGGUACGAUGUGUGCAAGACUAUGGUAAAUUUGAGUUUGAUGAUGGACAGAUUGUCAACUUGAAACCAAACACUUAUCAUUUAUUACCAAGAGCACAGUGUGAAGCUUUAAUAAGGCAAGGGAUACUGGAACAUGUUUCUUCGUGAGAACAAAUCCUUUAUGGUGUAUAAAGUAAUUUUGGUACUAUAAAAUAUAGUUUUUAUAAACAAACGCCUUAUUAACUAUAAGUUACUAUAAAUAAAUUAAGUAUUUUUCUAA